AUGAGAGGCCAUGAGGAUAAAUUCGGGUCAACUCACAGUGGUAACUUUGUUAUGUGCUUAGAACUCAUUGCMGAGUUGGAUCCCUUCCUUAAAAAUCAUAUAUCAACAUUUGGAAACAAAGGGAAAGGAACAUCAUACUUAUCAUUUACAGUAUUUGAACAGUUUAUAGAAAUUAUGGGUGAAAAGAAAACAAUUGUGAAUGAGAUAAAAAUGCAAAGUAUUUCUCAAUCAUUAUAUGUAMCAAAUAAUGGUGAACCAGUUGAACGAUUUUUGCAAUUAUUGGCAAACCCAGGACACAAGUCUAAAGAUUUAGCAGAUGCUGUUUUUAUGGUUUUAAGAAAAAAUGAAAUAGAUAUUAAUAACUGCCGUGGACAGUCUUACGAUAACGCUUCCAACAUGUCAGGAAUAUAUUCUGGACUCCAAGCAAGAAUCAAAGAAGUAUGCCCCCAUGCUGUUUACAUUCCAUGUGCAGCACAUUCAUUGAACCUAGUUGGAGAAUGUGCUGCUAAUUGCUGUAUAAAUGCUAAUGAAUUUUUUAAUUUUCUUCAGAAUAUUUAUUCUUUUUUUUCUGCAUCUACCUAUCGUUGGGACGUGUUGGAUCAAUGCUUAUCUAAACCUGAUAAUGUUACUGUUAAAAGAUUAUCUGAUACCUGA